AUGCCAGAUCCGGAAGACGGGCUUUUGAAUGAGGAGACACUUUUUGACAUGAGCAUGUUAGGGGACGAAGCAGGAUUUCCAAAUAUGAUGCAGACAGACAUAGAGCCUCAAGCUGCUCAGGUACCAAGUCAUGUCAGCAUUGAAGAUGUGCUGAAGAUGGAGUUCUUCACCCCUGGGGAAGCAAGAGAAUUCUACACAAGUUAUAGUAGGCUAAAAGGUUUUGCAAUAAGAAAGUGUAAGAGGGUAAAAAAUGCCAAAGGAGAGAUUGUUAGUUACACUUUUGUUUGCAACAGACAAGGGUUUAGGCACAAGAAGUGGUUAAAUAAGCUGGAUAGGAAAAGAGAGCACAAGCCUAUAACGCGAUACAGGAAUAUGUCUGAUGUAGAAAUUGCUCAAAUGAAUAGCAUGAGGGAAGUUGGGAUAAGCAUUCCAAAGAUAUACCAGUCAUUUGCGAUGCAGGUUGGGGGCUUUAACUUAGUAAGAUUUACUAAGCAAGAUAUGCACAACGAGGUUCGAAAGCAACGUGCUGCCAGAAACGAUGAGAAACUGUUUUGGAGGUAUGAGGUAGCGGCUGGUUCUCGUUUGUGUGACAUUAUAUGGAGUGAUGGUCGAAGCCAGGAAGAUUAUGAGGCAUUCGGUGAUGUCCUUGCCUUUGAUGCGACCUAUGGGAGGAACAAGUAUAACCUUCCUGUCAUUGUUUUGUCCAGGGUUAAUCACCAUAAUCAGACAUGCGUGUUUGCAGCAGCAUUGGUUUCAUAUGAGUCACAGGAUUCGUACAAAUGGGUGCUGCAACGGUUUUUGGAAUGCAUGUGGGGAAAGGCCCCGAAGGCAGUCAUAACUGAUGGGGAUCCUUCUAUGAGGCUAGCUAUUAUGUAUGUAUUUUCAGAUGCUCAUCACAGACUUUGCACGUGGCACCUACUUAGGAAUGCCACUGCUCAUGUCUCACAACCAUGUUUCACCCAAUUAUUCAAACAGUGCAUGCUGGCUGACAUAGAGGUUGAUGAAUUUGAAAUACAGUGGGAGGCGAUGGUUGAUGAGUGUGGUGUUCGAGAGAUUGAAUGGGUGAUGGACCUGUAUAGAAAGAAGUUGUCAUGGGCCACCGCAUACAUACGGGGCAGAUUCUUUGCAGGUUUAAGGACAACCUCUCGGUGCGAGUCGUUGCAUGCUAAGUUGGGUGGGUUUGUGGAGAGUAGAUAUGGGAUAUUGGACUUUUUUACAAACUUUCAAAGAUGUGUUGAUUUCCUUAGAGACAAGGAGGAGGAGCUUGACUUUCGUUCCUUUUAUGGUACCCCGGUACUUCAAACACAAUUCCCAGAGAUUGAGAGGUCGGCGGCAACCCUGUAUACCCGGGAAAUUUUUUACAGGUUUCGAGAGUCCCUAAAGUGGGCUGGAAGAUUUUACAUUGCCGACCGCCAGGAUUGUGAAAAUGGAUGUUGCUAUGUGAUACAGAAGUAUCGCCGAUCGGAGUCAACCUGGCAAGUCUUGCAUCAGCCGCAAAAUGGAACCUUUCAAUUUCUGGUUGGUAAUGAUAUCGGUUCUUUGCCAGAGACUCUGGUCCUGAAGAGGUGGUGCAAAAACGCCAAGAACCAUGUGACUUCCGUUAGACAAGUUACUGAAACGGGUGAUGCUGCCUCCCGGUACCGUAGCAGAGUUGGUGUAUUUCUUGACCAAUGUAAGCGUUUUGCCAAGGUGGCUUGUCUAAGGGACGAGGACUACAAGGUCUUCAGUGAAAAAAUGGCACGGGAUACUAUCAUUUUGGAGGUCAAGAAUGGGUUGUGUGUGGCCCUAUAUGUGAAUCCACACCUUAACGGUGAGGGGGGUGGUGGGAUACAGGAUCCGGUCCGCGUCCGGACAAAAGGCACCGGCAGAGGAAAUGUUUCUCAGGUAUCAAAGGGCCCAAAGAAGAGAAAAUGCAGUGCCUGCGGGAAACUGGGUCAUCGCAGAACUCGUUGUCCCAGUGCGCCUGCCCCACAGCACAGAUGUCGUGGAUCGCAACCGGUUCCCGAGGGUUGCCAGGCUCAACCUCAGGGUGGUCAUGAUAUUAUUGAAACUUUGAAUGAUCAAUGA